AUUUCGGUCAGGUAACCAAGAAAGCCCAAUCUUAGUCGAAGCCCACUUUUCCGCUCUUCGUCGUCAGCUUGCUAGGGCUUUCACUCUGAUCGAAACUGAAUCAACGAAUCGAAGCAAUAGUAGAAGAACGCUUACAGCAUAUCAAAAUGGCGUCGUUCAUCCAGAGAUUUUCGUCGAAGACGAAGAUAAUUGGAAAGAGAUCCACGAAGAAGUACUUGGACGAAGCGCUUUACAGGAAACUAUUCAAGGAGGGAGGGCAAGAGAACAAUGUUGGAAAACAUCUGAAUGAGUUCCUGAAAUCUCACAAAAGCGCGUAUAAAUGGGAGGUCGGUCGCUCCGUCAAGCUCCUCCGGAAAAACAAGCUCUAUUCCCAGGCUAUCAAGCUAUCAGAAAAAAUGGAGAAAAGGGGCAUGAAUAAGACUGCCAGUGAUCAAGCUAUACAAGUAGAUCUUGUUGCGAAAAGCAAUGGCAUUGCUGCGGCAGAGGCAUAUUUUGUUAAUCUUUCAGAGGCGUCAAAGAAUCAUUUCACGUACAGCUCUCUUCUUAACUGUUACUGCAAGGAAUCGAUGACUGAGAAAGCCGAGGCCUUGUUAGAUAAAAUGAAAGAACUUAACUUGCCAUUAACUUCAAUGCCUUACAACAGUUUGAUGACUCUAUAUUCAAAAACAGGACAGGUGGAAAAAAUCCCUGCAAUUGUUCAAGAAAUGAAGGAAAGUGACAUCGCACCAGAUUCUUUCACUUACAAUAUCUGGAUGAGGGCUCUUGCUUCACUAGGUGAUGUAUAUGGAGCAGAAAGGGUUAUAGAUGAGAUGAAAACGGAUGGCCGAGUUUCCGAAGAUUGGACCACUUACAGCAAUUUGGCUUCGGUUUAUGCCGAUGCUGGUUUAUCCGAAAAGGCCGAGAAGGCACUCAAGGAGUUGGAGAAGAAAAAUGCCACCAUCAGAAACCUCACUGCCUACCAGUUCCUCAUCACACUCUAUGGAAGAAUUGGAAAAUUGACCGAAGUCUACCGCAUUUGGCGUUCUUUAAGGCUUGCUUUUCCGAAAACUGCAAACAUAAGUUAUCUCAAUAUGAUCCAGACACUGGUUAAGUUGAAUGACAUGCCGGGUGCCGAGAAAUGUUUCAAGGAGUGGGAGUGCGGGAAGGGACUUAACUAUGACAUCCGUAUCGCAAAUUCCCUCAUUGAAGCCUAUGUCAAACAAGGAUCCUUGGGAAAGGCUAAAGAUCUCAGAAGACGGGCUCAUAGGGGUGGGGCCAAGGCAAACGCAAAGACUUGGGAGAUAUUUUUGGAUUAUCAUAUGAAAAAAGGCGAGAUUUCUUCAGCUGUUAAGUGCAUUGACAACGCGAUUGCAGCUGGUAAAGGGGAUGGGAAGAAAUGGGUACCCUCAACUGCCAUUGUUGGAGAGUUGAUGAGAGAGUACGAGGCAAAGAAAGAUGUUGAUGGGGCAGAACGAUUCGUCGAUAUUUUGAAAAAGGGUCAAGAUCAGUUGAGUGCCGAAGUGAUAGAAUCAUUGGUAAGAACGUAUGCAGCUGCUGGAAAAACAUCUGUGAUGAUGCGUAGGCGUGUUAAAAUGGAGAAUGCGGAGCUGAGUGGGGAAGCCUUGAAAUUGUUGGAUGAUAUAUGUGUGGAGUGAAAUUUAUGAGUCCUUUAAUGUUCUAUCUCGAUCUGAAGUGCCAUCAAGGGCAUCGGUUUAUAGAUUUCCAGGUGAUGAAUUUGUAGGUAGAGUUCAUUGGUAGAUGAAGCUGUAUAACAUCAUAUGCUCUAUAGGUGAGCCAUAUAUUCCUGCUACACUUUCUGAAAUGUAUUAGCGAAAUUUGAGGCAGAUAAUCGAUCAGCUUCUUGAAAAUGCGACUCUGAGUGAUCACGGGCUUCCAUAAAUGCCCUCGGCAAUACCAAUAACACUUGGGAGAUGUUUCGUCUGAUGAAAUAUGUUAGACUAUGCUUAUGCAAUUCUUAACAGAUUUUAUCAAGUUUUAAAAUCUACCCCACAUGUUUAUAAAUGUAAUGCUAAACUUGUGCCAAUUGGCGUCACGUAAGUCGAUUACUUUUACUUAAACUUUCAAGUUUGAUUUGAAUUGGUUUGGUUUGAUUGAUUUAAAUUGUGUUGGAUUUGGUAUCGUC